UUAUUUCGUUUCUCCACCAACAAAACCCUCAACCUCAGCAAGCAGCCAGAGCCUCUCGAGCUCCUAACGAAACCCGAGAAGCCCGAAAACCCCAAUUCCUCCGAGCCUGAAACCCCCUCUGAAGAUUUCAGCGAAGCCCUAGCUCCCUUCCUCAAAUUCUUCAAAUCCGACGAAUCCGAAUCCGACUCCGAUGACGGAGCCAUCAAAUUCGCUGAUACCCAUGAACCUAUUAGCCCGAAACUCGAAGAGGUGACCGAUGUCAGUGUGAAGUACUACGAGCCCAAAAGAGGGGAUUUUGCUGUAGGUGUUGUUGUUUCGGGCAAUGAGAACAAAUUGGAUGUGAACGUGGGUGCUGAUUUGCUCGGGACGAUGCUGACGAAGGAGGUGAUGCUGUUGUAUGGUGCGGAGUUGGAUUAUUUGCUUUGUGAUCUUGAGAAGGAGAGGGAGAGGAAGGAGUUUAUGGUGAAGGGGAAAAUGGGGGUUGUGAGGGAUGAGGAGGUUUUGAGUAGGGAGAAGGUAGAGGGGAGGCCGGUGAUAGAGAUGGGGACUGUGCUUUUCGCGGAGGUUUUGGGCCGGACGCUUAGCGGUUUGUCGCUGCUUUCGUCGAGGAGGAUGUAUCGGAGGCUUGCGUGGUAUCGAGUCAGGCAGAUCAUUAAAGCACUUAACCUGUAUAGGAUGAAGACUGGAACUGAUAACUUCUUCUGGUUUGGUAAUCUACCUUAUGGAUAUCGUGCCAACACUUGGCUUGUUCCUCCAUUGGCUGCUCAGCUGCCAUCAAUAUUUCCUAGCCUCCCAGCAGAAGAUGAAACAUGGGGAGGAAAUGGCGGUGGUUGGGGAAGGGAUGGUAGAUGUGACAUGAUACCUUGGGCUAAUGAGUUUCUACUUCUCACUUCCAUGCUGUGCAAAACUGUAGAAGAGAGGCAUAUACGAGAUAGGAGAGCUUUUCUGCUCCAUAGCCUUUUUGUAGAUGUUGCAAUUUUUAGAGCGAUUGCUUCCAUACAGUAUGUAAUGGAAAAACGUAUUGCUUCUUCAAUUGAGAAAGAUGAAAUUUUGCACUUCGAGAUAGUAGGGGAUUUCAACAUUACUGUCACCAGAGAUACUUCAGAUGCAAGCUGCAAGUUGGAUACAAAGAUUGAUGGGAAUAGGAAAACGGGAAUGGACCGCAAACAUCUUAUAGAGAGAAACUUACUGAAAGGAAUCACUGCUGCUGAAAAGACAACAACUCAUGAUUUCAUCACCUUGGGCGUCAUGAAUGUGUGGUAUUGUGGUUAUAUUGCAAUCGUGAAAGUCAACAACUUUGACAAAAGUAAAUUGGACCCUUUGCAAGCCAUUGAUAUUGAGGACCAACCUGAUGGGGGAGCUAAUGCUCAAAACAUUAACAGUUAGAGAAUGUUUCUUCACGCGAAACCUAUAAAAGAGCAGAUAAGAGCAGCUAAUCACGCUAUGAGCUCAAAGCAUGAGGAGCUUACUGUAGGCCAAGCUUUUGUAGAGAAAUUGUUAAAUGACAGUCUAGCUAGGCUUGACGAAGAGAAGACUGACGAAAACGUCUUCAUGAGAUGGGAACUUGGAGCUUGCUGGAUACAGCACCUGCAAGAUCAAAAGAAUGCAGAAAAAGAGAAGAAACCUGUGGCUGAUAAAGAUAAGAAACAUAACAGCGAGAAGACUAAAGGUGAAACAAAGGUAGAGGGACUUGGAAUGCCUCUUAAAUUUCUUAAGAAUACAAAGAAGUUAGAUGGCUAAGAAGCUUCUUCCUCUUUGGAUAUGAAAACAUCUGUAUGUCAACGAUGGUGAGAACCAGAAUGAUCAGCCUUUGUCUACUGAAGAUAAAUGAGACAUUGUAGCACCUGACAAAAACCAACAUUUGCUAAAAAAUUAUUAUCUGAUCCAGCAUUUACAAGGCUAAAAGAAUCUAAAACAGGACUUCACCUGCAGGUAUGUAGGGGGAGAAGCAGGA